UCGAUCGGCAAAUCAAUGGCCGACUCGACAUCUCGCCGCCCGUCCGCUCUCCUCCUCGACUCGGACGUGGAGAAGAUCGUGGAGCGCGAGCUCGGCCCCGACGAGUCUCGCGUCACGCGAGCCUGGAGCUUGGACAAGUUGGGCGAGACGAACGGGUUCCUGGGCCAGUACUACACCCUCACCGUCACGGUGGCCACGAAGGGGGACGAGGGGUCCCGUUCCCUGAGAUACUUCGCCAAAACGCCGCCCCCCACCUCGAGCCCCCAAUACGACUUCCUGGUCCGUCACAACACGUUCAACAAGGAGAUCGACGUUUACGGGGUGAUAAUACCCGAGAUGGGGGUUGGGAGCGGGCCGAAAUGGCUGCCCGACUACUACCUGGGCAAGAACGACCGUAUAAUCGUCCUCGAGGACGCGGUGGACAGCGGUUACGCGACGCUUGACAAGUACGCCACUUACGGGAAGGAGCAUUGGAUACUGUUGGCCAGGGCGAUCGCCACCCUCCACUCGAGAUCCUUGAUCCUGGACGAGAGGCUUCGACGCGCCACGGGGAGGACGAUCCUCGACGUUUACGGCCAUCUGUUGGAAGAGGUGGCGUUCAUCGACAGCGAGCCGUUGGCCGCCAAGUAUCUGGCCUCGUGCGUGAAAGGUGCCUGCGCCAUGGUCGACAUGAACGAGGGGUUGAGGGGGGAGAGGGCGGCGGCGAUAAAGGGGUGGAUCGGGGAGUGGGUGCCAAGGCUGCCGGAGCUCGUGGCGCCGUCCGGCAAGUGGAGGAAGGUGAUGUGCCACAGGGACUUGUGGUCCAACAACAUAAUGUUCAAGGCGGACAACGGGGGCAGACCCGUCGGCUGCUACCUCGUCGAUUUCCAAUUCUUGAAGUACGGCCUCCCUGCCCACGACUUCGAGAUCGCUUUAGUUCUCACCACCUCGAGAGCGACGAGACGCGAGUGCCGCCACCUGCUCCUCGACGUUUAUUACGAGACUGUGAGGAGGGAGUUGGCCGGGGAGGGCCUGGUCGCCGAGGAGUGUUUGCCGCGGGAACAAUUGGUGAAGAGUUGCGAGGAGACGAGGAGCAUGGCGUUGGCGUUCGCGGUCGCCAAUAUGCAGGUAAUGCUGCUCUCGAAGCAGGCGGUCGAGGAAUAUUUCGUCGGCUCGACCGAGAAAUUGGAGCACUACGUGUACGGGGAUCGGCGACCGGAUCUCGUGAGGAGCGAGUGCAGGGCGAACGAGAUGUAUCGGAUACGCAUCGGCGAGGUGAUCGAGGAGAUCGGGGAGCUCAUCGCCUCCGAUUCUUAAGGGAAAGUGG